AUGCAUCAUGGAUGUAUUGGUGCAUCUCCCAUCAAGCCUACCAUUGCCAUCACCCUCCGUACAUUAGAGGCUUACCGUCAGACUCAUCGUGUCUGUCCUCGCCUCAGCAUCCAUGCAGAAGUAAAGAAGCUUUGCCAUAUGCAUCGUGUACGUUAUCAUCGUCACCUUGCUGAGCAAUUCAGGGUCGCAUAUGAUGUAUACAUGGAAAUUCAGCGUUGUGUUGAUGCUCGAGUGGAUUCAGCCUUAGGGCGGGAUACACCCAAUUGGCAUAUGCUUAAUGCAUGCCCCGCAUGCCAUUAUGUUGUUGACGAGGAACCCCCAUUACAGUUUGCCUUUCUUGUCUCUAUGGAUGGCAACAAUUCGGCUAAACUUGUUGAUCUGAUCUUGCGGCGAGGAAAUGAGCGUCCAGAACCCCGUGAUCAUCGGUCAGCAGUCUGGUUAACCGAAGAGUACGUUGAUCACUUCCAACAUGAAAUUCUAAACACACAACAACGAAGUCGACGUGCUCAAGGCACAUCAAGUUUUCAUGAAGCUGCCGUUGAGACUGAUGAUGCCUGGGUGGAUGAAAUUGAGUCAAGCGACAACAGUUCAGCUGAACCAGUUAGCAUCUGCAUUGAUCGGUGGCGCAACGCUGCACCUGAGACUCGCAAGCGCAUGUUUGCGAUCUUUCGGAAAUCAGGCAUCUUUGUCUCUGUCUGCUGGCAUGGGGUUCUUCUCACAAUCUGUGACAUGGUGCGAAGUGGCGAAUUAAUGAAGUAUCCGCUCGCUACCAUUCACCGUCUGAUGGAAGUCUAUCAACAACCCUUCCUCUAUGGGUAUGAUAUCAAAUGCGCCUUCGAAAAAAUUCUUCUUCGAAGCUCCCUUUCAUCAUCUGUCCGUCGUCUUGGUGUCGAUGGAGUAGUUAAUGGAUUUCAUGGCCAUGCUCAUAACCGUCUAUGCCAGGUUCAGCACCAUUGCAAGUACAAGACGGGUGCUGGGAAAGAGGAUUUUGAGACAUGCGAACGCACGUUCUCUGAAUCAAAUGCUCUUGCUCCGGAAACACGUAACAGCAGUGAAUUUCACCGUCAUCAGGCACUUGAUCAACACUUUUGGUUUAUGGCUGCUGACAAGUAUGCAUCACUCAGUACGUUAUUGUUCUCUUCUCAGAAUGUUAUUAAACCGAUAGUAGGCACAUUCAUCUACAACAAUUACGUGCAGGCGCUCAACUGCAUUGCCAUGCAUGAAGAAUUCCUUGCUCAAUUUCCGCUUUCAGGUGAUGAUUUUGAGGCGGACCUAGAUGAGGAGCGCCGUUACCUUCAAACUACAUAUCAGGCGGCCUGUCAUGAAUUUCGAACUCUGGAUUUACGUAUGAACCAGCAAGGCUAUGGGCGAAAGGAGAUCGCUGAUAUCACACGCCGACGGACCAAUGCUAGCAAUAAGCUCACUCUCAAAAUGGAUGCCGUUGAAGCAUUCGAAAGCCAAAUGGGUUUGAUAGACCAUUGGUCACCCACCGAUCCUAGACGUGUAGCUGCGCAGUCACGAAUUAUUAAUCGUCGCUUCCACCAGGCAGCUGAUGAUGUUGAGCGCCUAGUAGUCAUGCGUCUAUUCGAGCUAACAAAACUACAAAUGAGUGGCCUUGGCUAUAAGCUUCGUACUCAAAUCUCAAAGGCCUUGAAGACACGUGCUACUGCAAUUCGCCAUGCAGUUGGGCGUUAUAAUAAGUAUGCCGCUCAGCUUGAGCCACCUCGUCCUGCACUGUCAUGGGACCAGAUUGCCGAGUUCACAUUUGCAGGUGAAUUUGACCUCUUAUGUGAAACUGAUGAACAGGUCCAUGCCAAGCGCUGGGCCGAUCCUACCAAUCGCCAAGCUGCGACGAAGUACUUUGACUUGCAACGUUCGAGGGAGGAGAUUACCCGUUGUAAUGUGGAAAUUGUCAGGUUGUUGACAAAAAUGCGUGAUGACGAACUUGAUCACACUGCUGCCAUUGUGGCACUUGAAACUCAUGAUCCAUCACUUGCAGCAGAGGUUCAGCGUCGCUGGGACUGUCUCAGCUCUAUUAAUGCUGGUCAUAAGUCACACAUUCGACAGAUCCAGAUGCUUCCUGGCUACAGUGGCAAGUUUGGUCCUGGAAUUCAGCCUGGUGGAGGAGAGGAAGAUGUUGAACAUGAUGGCUUGGGUAUGGGUGAAAUCAAUGAUGCGCUUGAUGGUUUGUUGCAAUGCUUGGAAGAGACAUCAUUAGGGGAGGAGUAG